AUGUCCAAGGCUCAUCUUUCAUUCCAACACCCAAUCCUGUUGAGUCUCAUCCUCUCAACACUGUUCAUCCACUACUCUCAUGGUGACGUUGGCACUGCUUCCCGAUAUGGCCCUCCCUUUUUACCUACCGCGUGUUUCGGCGGAGAUGCAUCACAGUUUCCAUCAAGCAACAUGUUUGGUUCAGCAGGGGAAGGUAUAUGGGACAACGGUGCUGCAUGUGGGAGGCAGUAUCAGGUGCGGUGCAUCAGUGCAGCUGCUCCUAGAACUUGCAUUCCUGGCCAAGCCAUUCAGAUCAAGAUUGUUGAUCGAGCACAAUCCUCUGUUUCUAGGCCUUCCACCACUGGAACUUCUAUGGUCCUCUCCACCACUGCUUUUCAGGCCAUCGCAAAUGCCUCUGCUUCCUUGAUUAACAUAGAAUUUCAACAGUGA